AUGGGCCUUGGACUCCUCUUCCGGGGGGCGGUCGGGGAUGGGGCCGCCUGCGGAGAAGAGGGUUGGGGAGGGAGGUUAGGAGGGGGGGACUUUCCCUAUGGACUGUCGAUCGAACCGAGCCCGGCGGGGCCACUCGGGCCGGGGCUCUGCCGGAGCCCGGGUGCGGGAGAACGGCGGCGCUUUCCUCGUACGUCCUCGCGGGGACGCGCCGGGCCUUCCCUGGGAGCCCCCGAACUCGCCGGGCCCGCAGGACCGCCCGCACCCCCCGCGGGGUCAGAGCCCCGAGACCACCGCAUCCCUCCCGGAGAGAACGUAGUCCUUCUCCGCAACAGCAGUGCCCGCGGGAAAGGGGGAUCUGGGGCCCUCCGGGGCUCCGGGCACGUGCCCGCUCCGGCCGCGGCAGCCCCAGGAGCUGGCGCUGACUGUGCCGCGGGUCGGGCACAGGCUGGUCCCACCUCUGCCUUCGGAACGGCCGUAAUUUCCAACAGCAAUUCUUUUCCCUGCGAUCCAGAAACUGCAACUCAUCUGGCAGCUGCCAGAUCGGGAAGGUGGUGCCUGCGAGGGAAACGGCUACAGGAGAGGAAACUGAAAAAUGCUCCAAUCAGACGCUGCCGCGCGAGUCAAAGGAGGGAAGGACCGCAGGGAAAUACUGUCGGGAAAUUCACGUUUAUUAAAUCUCUGCAGCUCUCCCUCCGCUGCACGAGCCCUUCGCAGGCACGGGCCGGAGGGAGCGCGGCCGGCUGGGCUGUGCCCGGCUGGGGACGGGCACGAACUCAGGAUUGCCGUGCUCGGGGAGGUUUUCCUGCCCCGUCCGGGAUUUCCCCAACGACUGUCGAGGUGCUCGCGCGACGGCCGUUCCAGGGACAAAGGAGCCAAACGAGUCCGGAGGGUUCCCUCGCUCCGAGGCACAGGUCGAGGGUCGCCGUCUGGUCCCGCCUGCAGGGGGGCGUCUCCUCCAGGGGACGGAUGAGCCGUGCCCUGCACUGCCCUGCCGGGGCUCGCGGCGCUCCGGAGCGUCCAGAGAUGGGGGAAUCCCACCCGCAGCCGCAGGACCCAGCACAGCUCGUGGCAGCAGGGAUGGAGCAGCUCCGGGCCAGCACUUCCAGCGGGCAGAAGAUGGAUUUGUCCCCCAGGCACGGCUCAUCUGCAAAAUUCACAUCCGAGGGGUGGGAACCCAGCCACGGGCACUGGGGUGGGCACGGAGAAAGGGCUGCCUGCAGCUCCUCAGACAGGAGCCAAAGCAGAUCCCACCUGUCCGGGCUGGUGGGCAGCACUUGGAACCACUCUGGGGGAAACCCCUGUACCUGCCAGGAGCUCUGA